GCGUCAGAGCGCAUGCCCCGCCCCGUGACCGUGGCUGUGACCGAGGGCUGCGCGGAGGCCGCGGAGCGGCGGCAGCAAUGGGGGAGGAGGUGACGGCGGCGGCGGCGGCGGGGGUGCGGCCGGAGCUGGUGCGUGAGGCGGAGGUCAGCCUGCUGGAGUGCAAGGUGUGCUUCGAGAGGUUCGGCCACUGGCAGCAGCGGCGCCCGCGCAACCUGCCUUGCGGCCACGUGGUCUGCUUGGCCUGCGUCGCGGCCCUCGCGCACCCGCGGACGCUGGGCCUCGAGUGUCCCUUUUGCCGGCGGGCCUGCCGAGCCUGUGACACCAGCGAUUGCCUGCCGGUGCUGCACCUUCUGGAGCUCCUGGGCUCCACCCUCCACGCGUCCCCCGCUGCCCUUAGCACCGCCCCCUUUGCGCCGGGGGCUCUCACCUGCUACCAUGCCUUCGGCGGGUGGGGGACCCUCGUGAACCCCACAGGACUUGCACUGUGCCCCAAGACCGGACGGGUAGUGGUCGUGCACGACGGUAAGAGACGGGUCAAGAUCUUUGACUCUGGAGGAGGAGGUGCACACCAGUUUGGAGAGAAGGGGGAUGCAGCGCACGACGUGAAGUACCCACUGGAUGUCGCCGUCACGAACGACUGCCAUGUGGUUGUCACCGACGCUGGCGACUGCUCUCUCAAAGUGUUUGAUUUCUUUGGCCAGAUCAAGCUGGUUGUGGGAAAGCAAUUUUCCCUGCCUUGGGGUGUGGAGAUCACCCCUCACAACGGGGUCCUGGUGACCGAUACAGAGGCAGGGACUUUGCACCUGCUGGAAGCGGAUUUCCCUGAAGGGGUCCUUCGGAAGAUUGAGAGGUUGCAAGGUCACCUGUGCAAUCCCCGUGGGGUGGCAGUGUCAUGGCUCACCGGGGCCAUCGCGGUCCUAGAACAUCCUUGUGCCUUUGGUACGGCCGGCAAUAACAACACAAGGGUGAAGGUGUUCAACUCCACUAUGCAGCUGAUUGGCCAGGUAGAUAGCUUCGGGCUGAACCUCCUCUUCCCCUCUAAAGUAACGGCCUCUGCUGUGACCUUCGAUCGCCAAGGAAACGUGAUUAUUGCUGAUACUUCUGGGCCAGGCAUCGUAUGCUUGGGGAAACCUGAGGAAUUUCCAACCCUGAAGCCUAUAGUUACUCAUGGCCUCUCCCGGCCCGUAGCUCUGGCCUUCACCAAAGAGAAUUCUCUUCUUGUGCUGGAUACUGCAUCCCAUUCUAUAAAAGCCUUUAAAGUGAUGGAGGGCAAUGGAGGGUGAUGAGGAUCCUGAGGCCUGGAGUCAGAAAUCCUGGUAUCAUUGGGAGUGAGUCAGUAUGUCUCAUCUAUCUGGGCAGGGAUAAUGGUAACUGCCUGGCAAAAGCAGUUACUAAGGCAGUUAUUAAAGACUAAUAAUUAAAUUUGCCGCCUGUUCCCUUGUUAAGAAAUUUGCAAAUCUUAGCCUGUUUGCUCCUUAACACACAGUGAUGUUAAUUCCUAUUAUCAGCCCAUUUCAGAGAUGAGAAAACAGACCCAGAUCAUUCAAUAUGGUUUCUUUAGAGUUGUAUUAACUGGAACAGUUGGAUUCAGUUCUGGCCCCAAACACUUGCUCUUAUAUAUGUUGUCAGAUGUCAAAAAAAAAAAAAAAAAUUGUGAGCUGUGUCUUAUGUAUUGUUCUCCCUACAAGUCGAUAACUGGUUAAGUGCACAAAGAGACAAGAAAGGGAUCUCCAUGGAGAUUUUUAGGAGAAAAGGGAAGGUGUCCAUCACCUUCACCUGUGAGCUCCCCCAAAGGCUGGAUGAUAGUGUGUGCCAGAAUUCCAACACUUGGAAAGUGGAUCUACAGCUACCUACCUAAUUAGUUUGAGGCUAGGCUGGGCUACCUGAGGUAUGUUACCUCCUCCCUCUCCCCUCUCCCCUCCUUCCUUCUCUCUCUUCCUCUCUCGCUCUCCUUCCCUCCUUCCCCCAACUCUCUUCCCCUCCCUCCAUGGGCACUGGGCACUAUCUCUCAAUGAUGGUUUGAGGAAAAUCUGCUGAGCAGCUGCCAGCUAGCAUCAUGGGCGGAUGAGACUGUGUUAAUUAGAUGUUGCCCCAGCACACUGAUGGCAGAAGUGAUUAUGUUUGCUGUGUGGUGACUCUGCCACCUGAAGCGCUUCGUGAUGUUUUCUCUGUGCUGUUUGAAAUGUGAUUCAAACACUUCCUCGUCCUUCUAGAGUGCUGAGAACGUAUCCUGAGCUGAAGCACAGCCUUGACCAACGUGAGGGCUCCUCAGUGGUGUAAUUGAGGGAGGAGUAGGAGGAUAUUUGGGGUGAAGUGCGUCUUUGAGUUCAGGGCAGUUGGAAUGAUACCACAUAACUUCCACCUCUGAGGGAGUACGAAACUGUUUUCUGGGGGAUGCCUUUGAAGGUGAGAGUUUGCUUUAGAGAAGAACCGAUGGUGUGUCAAUAAAAUGGUAUCCAUUUACAGA